CACAGAGGACAGACCUGUGGCUCGCUCGAGGCGCGCUCGUUGCACUUGCACCAUUCCAUCUGCUCGCCGGAACACUGCUACUGCUGCUGGCUACAGGCGGAACACUCGUCCAAACGUGGCGUUCACGGCGAAUCACUUGGCCCUCCUUCGACGCGGCCUCCUUAAAUCCCGCCCGCGUCCCGUCCUUCGUCCCUCGAGGCGAAUUUUCACAUCGGUCGGCAGCAUGGGAAACGUCACAGAGAUGGCCGACGCCGAGAAGAAGGUGCAGAGAAACCCUCAUCCGGACUUCAAGACGGUCGAGGCGGGCCGUCCCGAGUGGACGUCGAACCCGGACUUCAAGUUCACCAAGACGAAGAAGCCGGACUGGAGGUACGGCGAGGGCGCCAACGACGGCGGCGAGUGCCUGAAGAAGGCCCACGUCGAGAUCGAUCCGUACGCAGAGGGCCGCCCGGCCGUCUUCAACUACAAGCUCCUCAUCUCCGCCAUCGUGCCGCGCCCGAUCGCGUUCCUGGGCACGCGCAGCGCCGACGGCGCCAGCACAAACCUGGCCCCGUUCUCGUACUUCAGCCUGGCCAACCACGACCCGCCCGUCUUCACCGUCGGCUUCUCCGGCGGCUUCGACAGGGCGAAGGACUCGCUGCGCAACCUGAAGGAGACGGGUGAGUGCAGCAUCAACAUCAUAAGCGAGCACUUCCUCGAGGCCGCCAACGCGUGCUCCAUCAACGCCCCGUACGGCGUCUCCGAGUGGGUCCUCUCCGGCCUGCACCCGGCCCCGUGCUCGGAGAUCAAAGCCUCGCGCGUCAAGGAGGCCAUCUUCACCGUGGAGGGCAAGCUCAUGAACUUGCAGGAGUUCGAGUCACGUGCAACUCCCGGCAAGAAGACGGGCGUGCUGGCCGUCAUCGAAGGAGUCAAGUUCUGGGCGAGGGAGGAUGCCGUCAACGAGGAGAAGAACUUGAUCGACCCCACCGUCCUGAGACCGGUCAGCAGGAUGGGUGGCAUCACGUAUGGCAGGGUAAUGGAGGGCCUUGAAAUACCUCGGCCUGACUUUGACGAGACCAUCAAAGGUGGUGAGUAUGACCAUUUGCAGAAACCAAAGGACCAGUCGCAGCUAUGAAGGGUCAACCGAUGCUAGGGGUUCUUAAGAAACGGUAUAAAGACGAGAUAGACACCGAGAGUCGGAUCUUUUCUUGCACAACUUAUUCAAUAGAAUAGAAAUCGCGAGCUUAGACACGUAUGAUUUUGAUUUGUUCAACUUUUUUGAAUUUCAGGGUUAGAAAGAGCUACAUAACCCCUUCCCCGAUUACCAUAAUCUGAUCAUCUCAUAAUCGUAUCAUUACAAAAAAGCCAG